ACUGGGACUAUAAACAACAAAUACCUUCUGGCUAAAUUUUACUGCGUUCAACGACUCACAAAAAAAACAUAAGAACAUUAUUUUGAAGGGGUUUUGUUCUUAUAGCGUCUUGCGCCGCUUAAUUCAGAAUGCCUGUUUUUUUAUUUGACGAGCAAGAUUGCUUAAACGGGGACGCGCACUCUGAGUUGUCAAGCGACGACGAAGUUGUUGAAGGGAUGGAUGGUUAUUCUGGCCCAUUGAGCUUUAAAAAUCUUUGCAUUUCUGAGGGAAACGGAAAAGAAGAGGAAGAUUCAAAGGAAGACACGGUUGAGUAUAAAUUGGGAGAAGAUGGAGAUUUUGUUUCAGAACGCAAUAAUAAUUUUGUGCCAGACCAUAAAAUGCAUCCGAAUGAUUUCCAUCCUAUUGCAGUCCUUGGAAGAGGAUCAUAUGGCAAAGUGCUUUUGGUCGAACAAGGACAAACUGGUCGGUUGUUCGCUCAAAAGCAAUUAAAGAAAGCAAGUAUAAUUCUUCGAGCUAAAGGAGUUCAACAAACUAAGAACGAACGCCAAAUCUUGGAAGAAGUACGACAUCCAUUCAUAUGUCGAUUGUACUAUGCCUUUCAAGAUUUAGAUCGUCUCUACUUAAUUCUCCAAUAUGCACCAGGAGGAGAGCUUUUUGCUCAUCUGGCUGAGCAGAGAAUGUUGCCUGAGGAAUCCGUUGCUUACUAUACAGCAGAAUUAACUUCUGCUCUAAUCCAUUUACAUAAGCUGGGCAUAGUAUACCGAGACCUGAAGCCAGAAAACUGCCUUUUAGACGCUGAAGGUCAUGUCAUGUUAACCGACUUUGGACUUUCCAAAGUUGCAGAAGUAGGCGCAAAUUGCCAUUCGUUUGUCGGUACAGAGGAAUACUGCGCACCAGAAGUUUUACUAGGACAACCAUAUGAUUACUCUGUUGAUUGGUGGUCAAUGGGUAUUUUAAUUUAUGACCUGCUUGUUGGGUCUCCUCCUUUCACGGCAAAUAACCAUAAAAAAAUCACGGAGAAAAUUGUUCGUACAAAAGCAAAUAUACCAUUCUAUGUCUCUCCUGAUGCACGUGACUUGAUUAAUAAAUAUCUUAAGAAAAACCCAAAGCAACGUCUUGGUGCUAAUAAUACCGCUACUGACCAUGAAGCCAUCAAGAAACAUAGAAUGUACAGAAAAAUCAACUGGGAAAAAUUGGAGAAUCGGGAAUUACCGCCCCCAAUUAUUCCCUGCAUAACAGAUCCCGCAGCCGCUGAAAACUUUUCAGAUGAAUUCACGAAAAUGCCAAUCUCGGUCACCCCUAUUUGUUCUGAUAAUCUUCCUGUUGGUAGUCAUUCAUCUGCUUUUCGAGGCUUUACUUACGUUGCUUCUCCUAAUUUUAUCAAUCAUAACUGAAUUCAACAUCGUGUUCAUGUUGCUCUCAUUGUUAUCGAUGAUUGUUCUUGCUUGUUUCUCGUUUAACAUAAUAACGAUGUUAGUAGCAAGUGCAACCAUAUUAUCUUAAUAUUAAAGAUUUAGGAUACAUGUUCUGAGUAUAAAUUGGACGUGGAACUUUCAGUGCCAAUUUUUCUUGGCCUUUCAUUUCUGUGAAGUUUUUGCUUAUAUAUCGUUCUUUAACUCACAUAAUCAUUCUCUGUUUUUUAACGUUUGAUUUUCUAAUUACUCUUUAAUUCAUACUUAUACAGCUAAUAUAUUAGAAAAUGAAAAUGAAUUUACGAGGGAGAAGCCAUUAGAGCUAAAAAUAGUCUACAAUAAAUCUAUACAUAUGGUUGUAAAUAAUAUACUUGCGAAAUAAGAAGUUUGAAAAUAAAAAUAACCCAAGUUGAUUUCC